AUGGCCGACGAUAUCGAGACCAGCUUCCAGGCCGCCAUCGACGCUGGCAAGAUCAACGGUGCUGUUCUCUGUGCCACCGACGCCGAGGGUCGGUUUGCCUACGACAAAGCGCUUGGCGAGCGCAGCCUGCUAUCGGGCGAGAAGCGGCCACAGCAGCUCGACGACGUGCUGUACCUUGCUUCGGCCACCAAGCUGAUUACCGCCAUCGCCGCCCUACAGUGCGUCGAAGACGGCCUGCUCACUCUCGCCGGCGACCUGUCGGCCAUCGCGCCCGAGCUCGCUGCCAAGCAGGUCCUGACCGGCUUUUCCGACGACGGCGAAACCCCGCUGCUCGAGCCGCCGGCCCGCCCCAUCACGCUCGAGAUGCUGCUCACGCACAGCUCCGGCGUCAGCUACGACUUCCUCCACCCGCUCGUCGGCCGGUGGCGCGAGAAAUUCGCGCCGCUGCCACCAGACGGCGCGCGCCGGCCGGUCGAGGAGGCGUUUAGCUACCCGCUGGCCUUCCAGCCGGGCGCCGGCUGGAUGUACGGGCCGGGCCUCGACUGGGCCGGCCGCGUGGUGGAGCGGGUGACGGGCUGCACGCUGGGCGAGCACAUGCAGCAGCGCAUCUUCGGCCCGCUCGGGAUCACGGACGCCCUACCCGGUCACGCGGGAGGACCUGCGCGCCCGUCUCGUCGACCUCAACCCGAACGACCCCGAUGCCCUCGGCCGCGCGGUGCUCGGCGGCGGCGGCGACAUGAACAAGCGCAGCCGCGGGCACUUUGGCGGCCAUGGGCUCUUUAUGCCGGGGGACGACUUCGGCAAGGUUCUACGCUCGCUGCUGGCUGGCGACGGGAGGCUGCUCAAUCCCGCUACCGUCGACGGCAUGUUCCAGCACCGCCUGGCGCCCCAGGCGACCGCGGGGCUGCAGGCCGCGCUGGCCAGCCCUCUGGGCGUGUUCUUUCGUGUGGGCAUCGACCAGGAGACGAGGCUGGGCUACAGCCUGGGCGGCCUGUUGACGUUGCAGGACGUCGAGGGCUGGUACGGGGAGCGGACACUUACCUGGGGUGGCGGCAUGACGCUUACCUGGUUCAUCGAUCGCAAGAACGGCCUGUGCGGCGUCGGGGCCGUCCAGGCUACGCUGCCAGUCGAGAGCGACGUGGUGGCCGCGUUAAAGCAGAUAUUCCGCCGCGAUAUCUACUCUAA